GUUCCCCAGCCCGGUCCACCUCGCGGCGCAGAACCGCAGGCGCUCGGCUGGCUAAGCCUGCGCGGGGCCGCCUCGCUUGCUCCCAGCUCCGCCAGUGGCCCGCGGGGCCCGAUCGCUGCGCCCGCGGCCAGGGCGGAGGCAGGCGCUGACCCGGAGCUUGGCAGCCCGUGCGACUUUCGGAACAUGGCAACCUGUGUGUGUCUCAUCCCAGAAAGAGAAGACUUUAACCACUGUGAUGCCUGAGAAUCCAGUGUGACGUUUCUCCAGAUACUUCAUGCUGUUCGCCUGUGUCCUUGCCACACCACUGCCACACACGACUCCUGAACCAUGGGGGAAAACGAGGAUGAGAAGCAGGCCCAGGCGGGGCAGGUUUUUGAGAACUUUGUCCAGGCAUCCACAUGCAAAGGUACCCUCCAGGCCUUCAACAUCCUUACACGACACCUGGACCUAGACCCUCUGGACCAUAGAAAUUUUUAUUCCAAGCUCAAGUCCAAGGUGACCACCUGGAAAGCCAAAGCCCUGUGGUACAAAUUGGAUAAGCGUGGUUCCCACAAAGAGUAUAAGCGAGGGAAGUCGUGCAUGAACACCAAGUGUCUCAUCGUUGGGGGAGGACCCUGUGGCUUGCGCACUGCCAUUGAACUUGCCUACCUGGGAGCCAAAGUGGUCGUGGUGGAGAAGAGGGACACCUUCUCCCGGAACAAUGUGCUACACCUCUGGCCUUUCACCAUCCACGACCUUCGGGGCCUGGGAGCCAAGAAGUUCUAUGGGAAGUUCUGUGCUGGCUCCAUCGACCAUAUCAGUAUUCGCCAACUACAGCUCAUCCUGUUCAAGGUGGCCCUGAUGCUGGGAGUUGAAAUCCAUGUGAAUGUGGAGUUUGUGAAGGUUCUAGAGCCUCCUGAAGAUCAAGAAAAUCAAAAAAUUGGCUGGCGGGCAGAAUUUCUCCCUGCAGACCAUUCUCUGUCGGAGUUUGAGUUUGACGUCAUCAUUGGUGCCGAUGGCCGCAGGAACACCCUGGAAGGGUUCAGAAGAAAAGAAUUCCGUGGGAAGCUGGCAAUUGCCAUCACUGCCAACUUCAUAAACAGAAACAGCACAGCAGAGGCCAAGGUGGAAGAGAUUAGCGGCGUGGCUUUCAUCUUCAAUCAGAAAUUUUUUCAGGACCUUAAAGAAGAAACAGGCAUAGAUCUUGAGAACAUUGUUUACUACAAGGACUGCACCCACUAUUUUGUCAUGACAGCCAAGAAGCAGAGCCUGCUUGACAAAGGUGUCAUCAUUAACGACUACAUCGACACAGAGAUGCUGCUGUGUGCGGAGAACGUGAACCAAGACAACCUGCUAUCCUAUGCCCGGGAAGCUGCAGACUUUGCCACCAACUACCAGCUGCCAUCCUUAGACUUCGCCAUGAACCACUAUGGGCAGCCUGACGUGGCCAUGUUUGACUUUACCUGCAUGUAUGCCUCAGAGAACGCGGCCUUGGUGCGGGAGCGGCAGGCGCACCAGCUGCUUGUGGCCCUCGUGGGUGACAGCUUGCUUGAGCCAUUUUGGCCCAUGGGUACAGGCUGUGCCCGCGGCUUCCUGGCAGCCUUUGACACGGCAUGGAUGGUGAAGAACUGGAACCAGGGCACCCCUCCGCUGGAGCUGCUGGCUGAAAGGGAAAGUCUCUACCGGCUGUUACCUCAGACAACCCCAGAGAACAUCAACAAGAACUUUGAGCAGUACACGUUGGACCCAGGGACGCGGUACCCAAACCUCAACUCCCACUGUGUUAGGCCCCAUCAGGUGAAGCAUUUGUACAUCACCAAGGAGCUGGAGCACUACCCUCUCGAGAGACUGGGCUCAGUGAGGAGAUCUGUCAACCUCUCCAGGAGGGAGUCAGAUAUCCGGCCCAGCAAGCUCUUAACCUGGUGCCAGCAGCAGACAGAGGGCUACCAGCAUGUCAAUGUCACCGACCUGACCACAUCCUGGCGCAGCGGCUUGGCGCUGUGUGCCAUCAUCCACCGCUUCCGGCCUGAGCUCAUCAACUUUGACUCUUUGAAUGAAGAUGAUGCUGUGGAGAACAACCAGCUCGCAUUUGAUGUGGCAGAGCGAGAGUUUGGGAUCCCUCCAGUGACCACGGGCAAAGAGAUGGUGUCUGCCCAGGAGCCUGAUGAGCUCAGCAUGGUCAUGUACCUCUCCAAGUUCUAUGAGCUCUUCCGGGGCACCCCACUGAGGCCCGUGGAUUCUUGGCGCAAAAACUAUGGAGAAAAUGCUGACCUCAGCUUGGCCAAAUCAUCCAUUUCUAAUAACUAUCUCAACCUCACAUUUCCAAGGAAGAGGACUCCACGAGUGGAUGGUCAAACCGGAGAGAAUGACAUGAACAAACGGAGGCGGAAGGGCUUCAAUAACCUGGACGAGGAUCCAACCAUCAGUGUCCCGUUUCAACCUUUGCAGCCUUCAAACUUUUCCAGCCGUAGCGUGGGCUCCAAUCAAGAGUGUGGGAGCAGUAAAGAAGGUGGAAAUCAGAACAAAGUCAAGUCCAUGGCGAAUCAGCUGCUGGCCAAGUUUGAGGAGAGCACUCGGAACCCCUCACUCAUGAAGCAAGAACGCUGUGUCUCAGGGAUAGGUAAGCCCGUCCUGUGCUCUUCCUCUGGCCCUCCUGUUCACUCUUGCUGCCUCAAGCUGGAGGAGGCCACACCCAGCCCAUCACCUCCUCUGAAAAGGCAGUUCCCUUCUGUGGUCGUGACGGGGCAUGUGCUCAGAGAGCUCAAGCAAGUGUCUGCUGGCAGCGAGUGCCUGAGCAGGCCCUGGAGAGCCAGAGCCAAGUCUGACCUACAGCUGGGUGGGACAGAAAAUUUCGCUACCCUGCCUUCUACCCGCCCGAGGGCACAGGCUCUUUCCGGGGUGCUGUGGCGGCUGCAGCAAGUGGAGGAAAAGAUUCUCCAGAAGAGGGCUCAGAACUUGGCCAACAGGGAAUUUCACACAAAGAACAUUAAAGAGAAGGCGGCUCACCUUGCCUCCAUGUUUGGACACGGGGAUUUCCCGCAGAAUAAACUACUCUCUAAAGGCCUGUCUCACACUCAUCCUCCGUCUCCUCCCUCUUGCCUCCCGUCUCCUGAUCCAGCUGCUUCUUCCUCUCCAUCAACUAUUGACUCUGCUUCUCCUGCCAGAAAGGAAAAGAAGUCACCUUCAGGGUUCCAUUUUCAUCCCAGCCAUUUGAGAACCGUGCGUCCUCAGCUGACGGUAGGGAAAGUGUCCAGCGGAAUAGGGGCUGCAGCUGAAGUCCUGGUCAAUCUGUACAUGAAUGAUCACAGACCUAAGGCCCAGGCCACCUCUCCAGACCUGGAAUCUAUGCGAAAGUCAUUUCCCCUUAACCUGGGAGGCAGUGACACGUGUUACUUCUGUAAGAAGCGUGUGUACGUGAUGGAGCGGCUGAGCGCCGAGGGCCACUUCUUCCACCGGGAGUGUUUCCGCUGCAGCAUCUGUGCCACCACCUUGCGCCUGGCUGCCUACACCUUUGACUGCGAUGAAGGCAAAUUUUACUGCAAGCCUCACUUCAUUCACUGUAAAACCAAUAGCAAACAACGGAAGAGACGGGCAGAGCUGAAGCAACAAAGAGAGGAGGAGGCGACAUGGCAAGAGCAGGAAGCCCCUCUGCGAGACACUCCCACUGAAAGUUCUUGCGCUGUGGCCGCCAUUGGCACCCUGGAAGGCAGCCCCCCAGACCCUGCUCUCCUCUCAGCAGAUGAGCCCACCUCCCCCAAGAGGCCGAAGAGCAUCUCUGAGCCACAACACGGUGAUGUGGAAGGGGGCGCCGCCUCUCCCUCGCCCUCCGAGUGGACCUCGGUGAGGAUCAGCCCUGGGGAGGAUGCAGCUGGACAGGAUGUGCUGGCUGUGCGUGUCCUGGUCACCAGCGAGGACAGCAGCUCUGACACAGAGUCUGACUAUGGUGGCGGCGAGGUCUCCCACACAGAGCGCUGUGAAGAGAAACCCUGGCGGCCAGAAUCCCUGUGUCUACCGCACACCUCCCUGAGGGAGGCUCUGAGCAGGGCGGUCUCUGAGGAGCCCAAAACUGUGCAUGCAGCUCUGCAACGGGCCAAUAGCUUCCAGUCUCCAACCCCAAGCAAAUACCAGAACUGGAGGAGAGAAUUCCGGUGGAGUUUGACGCCAGUGAACAAAAGAACUAUGUCACCUCCAAAGGACCCUUCUCCUUCUCUUCCUCUUCCUUCAUUGUCUUCUCGUUCAUCUUCCCCACCAUCUUCUUCUUCAGCCAGUGUUUCUGAGCAUGCUCCAGAUGGUUCCUCCCCACCUCAGAUGACAGCUUCUGAGCCCCUCUCACAGGUCUCGAGAGGUCAUGCAAGUCCUCCCACCCCAACCUUUCAAAGGCGAGCCAUAGCCCAAGGAGCACCCAGGGAAAUUCCGCUGUAUCUGCCUCAUCACCCAAAGCCAGAGUGGGCAGAGUACUGCCUGGUGAGCCCUGGUGAAGACAGCCUCUCAGGCCCUGUAGAGAUGACUUCUGAUGAGUGCCAGCCAGCAGAGGCACCUCUUGGGGACAUUGGAAGCAACCACAGAGACCCACACCCCAUCUGGGGGAAGGACAGGAACUGGCCAGGUCAAGAGCUAUCUCCCUUGGCUGGAGAAGACUGGGGAAAAGGGAGUACUGGAGCUGGGAAGGAAGAAGAGGGAGGGCCAGUGCUGGCAAAGGAGAAGUUGGGCCUAAAGAAGUUAGUCCUCACUCAGGAGCAGAAGACCAUGUUGUUGGAUUGGAAUGACUCCAUCCCUGAGAGUGUGCACCUCAAAACCGGGGAGCAACUUUCCCAGAAAAGUGCUGAGAAUGAUAGACGAGGCCGUGUGCUAAAAUCAGUCCGCCCCUUGCUGCUCCCUAGGGCAGCAAGAGAGCCCCUGCCAACCCAGAGAGGGGCUCAGGAGAAGAUGAGGACCCCCGCGGAACAAGCUCAAGGGGAGCGAAGCGUGCCUCCACCCAAGUCCCCACUGCGGCUCAUAGCCAAUGCCAUCCGAAGGUCUCUAGAGCCCCUUCUUUCCAACUCUGAAGGCGGGAAGAAGGCUUGGGCCAAGCAAGAAUCCAAAACUUUACCCACACAGGCCUGCACUCGCUCAUCCAGCCUUCGGAAAACCAAUUCCAAUAAAGACAGGGACCAGCAUUCCCCUGGGAGAAACCGGCCCUCAGCCUUUAGCCCUCCUGACCCUGUCCUCCGCACCCAUAGUUUGCCCAAUCGGCCAUCCAAGAUCUUUCCUGCACUUAGGUCCCCACCCUGUAGCAAGAUUGAAGAUGUGCCCACACUCCUUGAGAAAGUGAGUUUGCAAGAGACCCUCCCAGAUGCUUCUAAGCCUCCGAAGAAAAGAAUCUCACUUUUUUCCUCUCUCAGACUCAAUGACAAAUCUUUUGAGAGUUUCCUCCAAGAAUCCAGACAAAGAAAGGACAUCAGGGACCUCUUUGGCAGCCCCAAAACGAAGGUGCUGCCUGAAGACAGUGCGCAGGCCCUAGAGAAGCUGCUGCAGCCUUUCAAAAGCACCUCCCUGUGCCAGGCAGCCCCUCCCCCUCCUCCUCCUCCUACAGCAGGAGGUGCAGACUCCAAGACCUUUCCCCUCAGAGCACAGGUAACAGAGGCUUCCUCUUCUGCCUCUUCAACCUCCUCCUCCUCUGCAGAUGAAGAAUUUGAUCCCCAGCUUUCCUUGCAGUCAAAGGAGAAGAAGACACUUAGAAGAAGAAAGAAGCUAGAAAAAGCAAUGAAGCAGAUGGUUAAGCAAGAAGAAUUGAAAAGGCUCUAUAAGGCUCAGGCCAUCCAGAGGCAGCUGGAGGAGGUGGAGGAGCUGCAGAGGGCUUCUGAGAUCCAGGGUGUGAGGCUGGAGAAGGCGUUGCGAGGAGAAGCAGAUUCAGGCGCACAGGAUGAAGCACAGCUUUUGCAGGAAUGGUUUAAGCUGGUUCUGGAGAAGAAUAAAUUAAUGCGAUAUGAGUCGGAGCUCCUAAUCAUGGCCCAGGAACUAGAAUUAGAAGAUCAUCAAAGCAGACUGGAGCAGAAACUGAGAGAGAAAAUGCUCAAGGAGGAGAGCCAGAAAGAUGAGAAGGAUCUAAAUGAAGAGCAAGAAAUAUUCACCGAGCUGAUGCAAGUGAUUGAGCAAAGGAAUAAACUCGUUGAUUCCUUAGAGGAGCAACGCGUCAGAGAAAAAGCCGAGGACCAGCACUUUGAAAGCUUCGUAUUCUCCAGAGGCGGCUGUCAGCUUAGCAGGACUUGAGGAGGCCCGUAGUCCCUCUCCCUGGCUGCACAUUGGGACUGGAUCAGGCCAAGUUCACCACACACCCUCGUGGGUCCUUCUGCAGGAUUUAUCAUCCCUGGAACUUAAGUUAUACCCUACUGCAUUUUUUAAAAUUAAAAUUCUCUUGCACGCAUGGCAGCUUCCCAAGGUCCUUCCAGAGAUUAUAAUGAAGAAAACCCAAAAACUCUUUGGCAAUUGGCAGUCAACUUCAGCCAGGCUCUCAGACUGGAGGUGUUGUUGGCAGAUGACCAGCAUUGUUUUCCCUAGAAAGUGACAUAAAGACUUGACUUUCCUGCUGCUUUUAUCAUUUUCCUUCCCAAUUCAUUGAGUUACAUACUUUAAGAUUUUUGAGAAGCUGCCUUUUCAUUAAUAUAUCCAUAUUUGCCUUUUUUGUAUGGAUGACCGGUUUCCAAAUGUCAGAAAGAAGCAGCCGCAGUUUAAAGAUUAGGUUAAUAUUUAAAUUGUGUUUCCAGAGAAAGAGGAGAAACCUUGAGAUUACUGAUUACAUAAAGCAAAUAACUCAUAUGGCAGGUGUUAAUUCAAUCCAGGGUGAAUGUCAUUUACCAGGUGCAUUUAUAAGCCUUAAUAUAAUAUACAUAAGCAAUGAGAGCUUAAUAGAACAUUUGAGCCUUAAUUUUAUUUUAAGAAGAAAAGAAAAAGGGAAAUAAAACUUUAACUUUAUACCAGUGGGAUUGUUAGUGUUCACCAAACACUGCUGGCUUAGAAAAGCUUUUUUCCCCAUGCUAUGCUUUUUAUGGACCCUGGAAAAUAACAAAAAGCAUUUUCAGAAAGAGAAUGAUGUUAAAGUACUUUUUAAGUAAGUGUUGAUGAUGGAAAAAAAAAAAAAAAGGGAAUUUCUUUUAUUUGUUGAUAAAAUAUUGAUGAUAUUGGUGCUGCUACCGAAACUGAGCACACUAGGGUACAAGAGAAGGAAUGCUUCUUGCUGCUGGUCUUCUUAGACUCAAAGAGAGAAGUAUCUCUCCCUCUCCCCAGGAACUCUACAGAGCAAGGACAAAACCACUUCUGACUUAGAGGGAAGGCUGAAUGCAGUAACCCUAUUUACCAAAUCCCAAACUGGGUCAUGGAUUUUUUUAAUGACAUUUCAGUUUGAAAAGAAAGCUGGAAGAUGGAGUUUGUGUGCUGACAUGUUGGAAUUCCUGGGGCAUUAUGACAGUUCCCAUGGGGGCCAAAGAAGAGAAGAUUUAAUAUGGUGAUGUGUUGUCAUAAAACAUUUGAUUGUUUUUGCUCAAUGGGAUUCUUUGAAGAUUUAGUCUAUUAUUGAUAAGAGAAACACUAAAGAACUCUUGGUUGUAUAUUUGGCUGCCCUCAUUUCGGCAAGUGUUUAAAUGUGUCAUUAGACAAAAGGUGCUCUUCAACAGUUGGCUCUGACUGGAGACCAGAUUUCUCUCAAAUCGAUCCAUGAACCACUUCUGUCAGAGACGCUCUCUGCGCACACCAAUCUGGCCAGCUGACAAGCCAGAAAUUAGAUGUAUAACUGAAUUUCCUCUGAGUUAGCCAAUGCUUUGGGUUACAUUUAAGUACAUCCUUUCUGUGUUAUACCAAGUUCCAAAGGUUGCAGUUCUUUUUCCUUUUCUUUCCUUCCUUCUCCCCCUUUUUUUUUUAAAAUAAGAAUCAGGUCUUCCAGUGCCCGAAUUCUAUUAUUAGGCAAUAUGAGGAGGCACCUACCUACUACCUACCUACCUACCUAUGAAAACUGUACCACUUCGGGAUAUUUAUCUAUUUUUAUUUAUUUGUGUAUUGGUGAUAAUUGAUACCAUCAUUUCCUCAUAAUUCAGGUUUCCAGGUGUUAUAAUUUGGAGAAGACCUAUUAGCACUAAGAAAUUGGUACAUAAGCUAUUUAAUAUACAAAUAACCCAGAUGUUUGGGGCAGUGAGUUGUAUAGUAUUAAAGAUUUCAGCUAUCAGGCAUUUAGAGGUAAGAUUAUAGAUGCACAGGAAUAUCAACUCAUUAUAAGAAAAAGAUUUAUAAUUUCAGUUUUCAUUCUAGAAUAUGCAGAAAUAUUCAGACCUCAGGCUUUUCUGUCAGUUGCAUAAAAGUGCAUCCUUUGAUGCUUGCAUACAUUUAACAGAUGAUGUUCAAAGUGUGUCAUAUUUGAGUUGUUAUUGUGCAAGAGAAUUAAUUGCCACUUAUUUUAAUUUGUUAUAUUUCCAUCCCAAAGAAUGAGUCUCCCAAGAGGGCCAACAGAGAAGGUGGUUUGGCCCCUAGUAUUCUGUUAAUAGAUGAGAGAAGCAAUUUGUUCACUUUCUUUCACAGGCUGGGCUCUGUGGUUUAUGGCUCAGUUUUAUCUGGCCAAGUUAAAACAUAAACUUGAUCCUUAACAGUUUUCUACAUACACUGGUCUUUCUGUUUUACUAGUACAUAAAAACCAUUUCAACAUUUCCAAUGGACACAAAUAUUGUGUCUGUUGAACUAUCUAAAGUGAUUCCAUUCCUUAUUUGCAAGAGAGCGUUCUAAGACUCUCAAAGUGUAAAAUACUGUACAUUUUGAAGACAGUUUCUUUGUAUGCAAUAUGAGUAGGAUUAUGAUGAAAAUGCACAGAGUCUGCACUGCCCCAUAAAAGGGCACUAGUGAAUGUGAUCAAGGCCAAACUAUAUAGGACUCCAAAUGGGACAGAAAGCCCAGGCUCUGGUCAUAUUUCACAGUCAGUCUCACACAGUUUCUCAGUUAAAUCAAAGUGUUUAUGAUAGUUAUAAGGUCAGAAUUGUACCUAAGUUGGGCCAAGAGGACAUUUCUUAAGCUUGCUGUCCCAAACCAUUGAUUUAUUGGUCUAUUUAUUUAACAUCCUCUGAAUGCCCAUGGGGUUCUGCAGCCCUGUGCCAGAUGCUGAGAUACAGAAAGAAUAUUAGUCCUUAACUCCACCUCCAAAUAAAUACAAAGAUCAAGCAAUAGGUACCAUCCCCAAAUACAAAGAUGAAAAAUCUUUUUUUAUUAUGAGCAUCAACCUAUUCUACUCACGUUUAUCAAGCAUAAAGAAUAUCCCCCACUAUCACAGUGCUUCUUUGGCAAUAAAAAUAAGUUUGAGUUUCUAAAACUGAAAAAUAAUAUCAGGUUGUACUGUUUCAUUUAAACCUUGACUUUGGCAGUGUUAGGCUGCUUGGAAUCAAUCAAUGCCAAGAUGCACCAUGUUAGUUGCAACUGAGAAAGGAAGUGGCAGGUGUUUCCAGCCCUGAUGAGCUGCAAUGAAAUUGAUGUUUUCUGCAUUCUGGAGGCAAAUGACAAUUCAGCAGUGUCUCUCUUCCCAGGAAGCAGAUUUACAGGCUUUUCCUUCCAAACUGAAAAUGGCAGCAUGCCCCACCCAGGUGGUUGAUCAGAGAACUACCCCAGUAGGGCAGAGGUGGCAGGGGGCAGCCGGGGCCGCCACAUGAACAGAGAGCGGCAGUCAUUGGAUGUGGUGAGCUCAAAUGUAGGAGUUUAUUGUAAUAAGAAAGUUCACAUACAGGGGAAAGUGUACGAUUUCAUCUACUGUUUAUCUUCUAACCUCACUGCUGAGUAGCUUGUAAAAGAUUAAUUUGCUCCAACAAUUGGGAACUAUUCAUGUGGAUGGAAAUGUGUUAUUUGUGCACUGCUAUAGAUACUGAAAUGAACCAAAAAUAAAUGGUUUUGUGUCUCAGAAAUCAAAA